AUUUGAAGGUUCACUUUCUCUAAACAAUAAAAGGAUCCAAAAACAACAAACAGUGUCUAUAAUUAAAUUACCAUCUUCAAACCACUUCAGAAGACUGUUCGACAUUCAUUUAAAUUGACAAAACACCCUCAUUUUCUAACAACUAAAAGACAGCAUAAAGAGGAAAACUUUGAAGGCAAUGAAGUCAUUUCAAGUUUCUGAAGAAAACCAAAAGGGCCAAAGCCAUAGAUUCUGCCCCCAACUUUCAGUAAGGACAUGUCCCCACUUCCUCUAAUUUCCACUGUGGAGUCCAACCGAGCAGACAGCGGCCUUUUGCAUUCCCAACUCAUCAAAAUGAAAUGGUAAAAGAAACACAAGGAAAAAAAUUUUCUAGAGAGAGAUUUUAAAAGAGCAAGCCUGAUAAACUUGCGGCCACCCUGUUUCACACACGUCCUUUUCUCAUAUUUACUAGACGCAAAGAAAAAGGGAAAGUAGAGGAGUGCAACAGCGGUGGUUUUGAGAAGAGUGAAGGAUGACUGUUUACGGAGCAGAGGAUGACUAUGACUACCUUUUCAAGGUGGUGUUGAUCGGUGAUUCAGGAGUGGGAAAGUCAAAUCUGCUCUCAAGGUUCACCAGGAACGAAUUUAGCCUUGAGUCCAAAUCCACUAUUGGCGUUGAGUUUGCUACUCGUAGCUUGAAUGUUGAUGGCAAGGUCAUCAAGGCUCAGAUUUGGGACACUGCUGGUCAAGAAAGGUAUCGGGCCAUAACAAGUGCCUAUUACCGAGGAGCUGUCGGUGCACUUCUUGUGUAUGAUGUGACACGACACUCAACAUUUGAAAAUGUUGAGAGGUGGUUAAGAGAGUUAAGGGAUCACACGGAUCCCAACAUUGUAGUCAUGCUCAUUGGUAACAAAUCUGAUCUUCGUCACCUUGUGGCUGUCUCAACCGAGGAUGGGAAAUCCUUUGCUGAGAAAGAGUCCCUCUACUUCAUGGAAACUUCUGCUCUGGAAGCCACGAAUGUGGAUAACGCAUUUGCUGAAGUUCUUACUCAGAUCUACCAUAUUGUGAGCAAGAAGGCCAUGGAGACAGGUGAAGAGGGGGGUGCUUCUGCUGUUCCUCCCAAGGGAGAGAAAAUUGAUGUCAGUAAGGAUGUGUCUGCUAUGAAGAAAGGGGGAUGCUGCUCAAGCUAGGAUGAUAUUUAAUCUCUAGUCUGAUUGUUUUAAGGGAUACUGCCGGGGUUUGUUCAGCUUCAUGGAUUUCUCUGUAAACCUUGGUUUUGUAAAAUUUUUCUCACAAAGGAACCUAUAGUAGGAGACGGGCGAAGAUUGAUUUAAUUUACAUUCAAAAUUUUUCCUGAUGGCUGUUAUUUUUAGUAGACAAGAAGAGGCGAACGAGGAACAGGGUAUUAUACUAUUGCAUUUAAAUAGGUGCUUAAAAAAUCUGUCUACUUGAGAACCAGUUGUUCCCAACUCCUCUGUUUGGAAACGUGCAGUCUCUUCCAUUCUCAGGCAGAUAAAAAAUGAAUGAACGAUGCCAAGGUAUGUUAACAUUUUCGGAAUAAAAAUUGAAUUUUA